CCCAGCGCGGCCACUUGAUCCGCCCGCUCGCCGGCUGCGGAGCUUCGCUGCCGGCCUGAACCCGGGACGCUGCCUGGGGAAAGCUGGGCGAAGGGACUGGGCGAUGGCUCCGCGAAGGGUCUGGGGGUCGGCCGUCCUCGCCGCCUGCGUCUUUGUAGGAGGCGCUUUGGGUUCGCCUCUGGCCGCCUCGGACAAUGGUGGCAGCCACAUGUUACACUCCAGGACAGAGACGACCCCGUCACCCGCGAACAACACUGGGAAUGGGCACCCAGAGUACAUCGCGUAUGCGCUUGUCCCUGUGUUCUUCAUCAUGGGUCUCUUUGGUGUCCUCAUCUGCCACCUGCUUAAGAAGAAAGGCUAUCGUUGUACCACAGAGGCUGAGCAGGACAUCGAGCAGGAAAAGGCUGAAAAGAUAGAACUGAAUGACAGCGUGAAUGAAAAUAGUGACACUGUUGGGCAGAUUGUCCACUACAUCAUGAAAAAUGAAGCAAAUGUGGAUGUGUUAAAGGCAAUGGUAGCAGACAACAGCCUGGUCGAUGCUGAAAGCCCCCUGACUCCUAGCACCCCUGGCAGCCCUCCUGUGAGUCCCGGGCCCUUGUCACCAGGAGCCACCCCAGGGAAGCACGUCUGUGGCCACCAUCUGCACACUGUGGGCGGAGCUGUCGAGCGAGAUGUCUGUCAGCGGUGCAGACACAAGCGAUGGCACUUCAUAAAACCCACCAGCAAGUCCAGAGAGGCCCGACCACGACGCCAAGGGGAGGUCACUGUCCUCUCCGUGGGCAGAUUUAGAGUCACGAAAGUGGAACACAGGCCAAACCAGAAGGAUCGGAGAAGUUUGAUGUCUGUUGGUGGGACUGAAAGUGUCAACGGGGAAGUGCCUGUGACUCCAGUGAAGAGAGAUCGAAGCGGCACCGAGUAGCAGUGGGGACCUUAUUUGAAGAGUAAGAGACUGAGAACUUACAAGACAUGAAGUUGCCUAAGGAAUAUUUUUAUAUAUUUUAUAGUUCCUUUCGUGAUGCCAGCGAGCAUGCGGAUACAACCUAAAAGGGAAUGUUGCUGCACUGGAUACGGAACUGUUUGCUUUGAAAAAAGUUUUAGUUUUAAAAAGUUGUGUGAAAAGUUUAUUACAUUUCUAGAAAAGGAAAGAAUUCAUUUUUUAUCUCAUCAACCACCCCCAGUCCUCCCUUCCCAGGUGUCCAUGCCGAUCUUGGUGUCCACCCUGGGGUUCUCCCCCUCAAGACCACUCUGUAAUGUAAGUGGAACUGUUUGUGUACAGCCAGAGCUUAUGCUGUAUGUGUGUGUGUGUGUAUGCAUGUGCGUGCGUGUACACAUUGCCUUUACCCCAGGUGUUAUAUCCCAUUUUUAUAUUUAUGCUAAGGUGAUCUUCACGUGUAGUUUGGCUGUUACACAAGGCAAAUCUUUGUGGCAAAAGUCCCUGAAAGUUAUUUAAUCUAGCACUGAGAAGUUGACUCCUCAAAGAUCAUAGAGUCAGAUGGGGCCAGAGGCUAGCCUUCGGUCCCUCGAGCAAGAGCUCGGUGUUCCCUCCUGCUGCCACCAUGCCGCUCCUCGGGGAUUUACACAAUAUUGAGGGACUUUUCUGGUUUGAUUUUUGUUUCAACUUGAGCUAAUCAAUUGUUUUUCUUCUCCAUGGAAAAAAGGGGUAAAAUAGCCUCAAUUCACUAAAAAAAUAUGACAAACUAAGCUAAAAACAAAACAACCUUACUUACAUCUCAUGCCACACGCCUGUGCGACCUCUGCGUGUUUUCUUCGUGCUGUUUCUUUCUUCUUCUAACUGAUGCUUGGUAUUUAAGACAGUAGCUUCUUUCCAUGCAGGCCUGGAAAUACUCGUUCUCUGUCUCUUGUGUGUCUCUGUCUCUCUCUGUGUUUCUGUCUCUCUUGUGUCUGUCUCUGUCUCUCUGUGUCUUGUCUGUCUGUCUGUCU